AUGUGGAGACGACAUAAAUGUAAUCUGCUUACAUCAAGUCACUACCUGCUGCAACAGGUUGGCAGUAGAGAUCAGUGGUAAGUUUUGAAAUUUACUCGUUUACCUCUAACAACAGGAGACUUAUAUGCAUGUUUUGUGCAUGGAUCAACAUCAGGAAAACGUAAUUUUUUGAAUGGCAAAUAGAUAGCGGUCCUGAAAUACAUGCAGGUUAUAAAAUUAAUGUUCAGGCUCUACAAACGGCUCUCCAUAUAUUAAUGCUAGAGGGAUAACACUGCUAGGCUAGAAUCUAUGUGCAAUUGCAUUGUACAAUAUUAACUGCAAUAUUCCAUUAAAUAAUUUUUGAUCGGGGGUGCAAGGAAUCUCUGCUGUCAAAGUACAAAAUAUUAGAAUCAACAAAUUAAUACUAAUUAUUUUUAAUUUAAGAACACUAUAAUUAUGAUAGUGUUGAAGUUUAUGUAUACAAACAGAAAUAGAUUUGAUACAUCUUUUAUGAAGGUUAUUGUUUUAUGCACUUAUUGAAACUAAUCUGUGCAACCGUCAAUCCCAAUUGUUCAGGAAGUACUGUUUCCCCAAAUUUUAAAGUGGAAAAAUCAAUUUCAAGCUUUUUGUAAGAGCCAUUGGGGGGGCAGCCAGUGAGGAAUAACACGACAUGGUAUGAAUGGUAUACCUUCCUGAAUGGCCACCCAAAGACGAUGGUUUCCUUCAGUGAUAUAGGCUCUUCCAGUUGUAAGAUCACAUGAUAUUGAAAACCAUUUUUCAAAAUGAAACGUCUUACUUGUUCAAGAUGAUCGUGAUUAUUGCCAGCUUUUGGCAUGAGAGAUCUGUCAAAUUCCCUAUAUUCCCAAAGAUCUUGUGUUUUGACCAUUUGAAAUUCAUGCGAAUAAUCAAAUGCAUCAGAAAUGUAAGAUUUGGUCUGCAUUGCAUGUUUUUCACUUUCUGUGGGUUCAUCUAGUGUCACAAAGGACAUAUCUGUAUCAAUUAAUGGUUGAAAUGCUUUUGCAAAAUCAUCGUCACUACUGUCACUGUCAAUUUCUGUAGUCAUGCUUUUAAUCAACUCUUUAAAUGAUUUACACUUUGACUCUUUUUUGCCACCUUUAAUGUCUGAAGUUGUUUCUGUUCUUCCAACUUUUUGUUUUUUUGGUGGGCGCCUCUCAGGUGUGUAACCUUGCUUAGUAGGUGUGGAAGAAUGCUUCGGACUACCUCAUAACCUUUUUUGUGACAUUUGCUUGCUAUCAUGCAGCUCCACUUUAUCACAUGAGGGUUAUAUCUCAUACCUUUAGGGUGGGGCUUUUGCUUAUUUUUGGUAAGUUUUCCUUGCUUUGCAAAUUCCUCCUCCUGUUUCUUCAGUGAGGUUAAAGUGUCAGUAAGUAGAGCAUAGAGAACAGAAUUUUCAACAAGCCAAUGAUUUUCAAUGGCAAUAUCUAUUAGUUUAGCAAGGUCAGAUGAUUUGGGUUGAAAAUUUUUUGGUGCUUUCACAUUUUUUUGUUUCUCUUUUAGGUACAAACUGUAAUAUCGUUUUGCUUUUUUUUGGCUUUGAGCAACCACUUUGUGUAGAUUUUUUGCUCUGGCUAUGAGUUCAGCACGUGAAAGAGUACAGAGUUUAGUGUGUGAAUCAUAGGCUGUUUUAGACUCAAAUGAUUCAGAUGAAGGAUUUGUUUUCCAACGAAAGCAAGUUCGUAAAAUAUCUUGACAUUUGGGGCAUCUGGUUUUUGAAUGGACAGGUAGUUUGUAGGUGCAAUUUAAGCUCCUAACGCACUUGACAAUCUCUCCAUCUACAUUUGCUCCUUUUUCAUCCACAAAGUAUAAAUUUGUUUCCCUUUUUCUUUCAGCCAUAUCAACAAGGGCUGGAUCAUAUAUACCUGGACAAACCGGUAAGUUUUCAAUAGUUUUAAGCAUGACACCCAAAGCAGAGUUUAAUAUGUUUUCUUGAAAAAUAUUGUGUGGGAGUUCCCCAUGGUCAAUUUUGUUACCCAAGAAUUCUACUGUAAAUGGACUAAAAUCCUUUGAAGGAAAUGUUUUUAUUUCAGAAGGAAGAAAAAGGGUUAACUCCUUCCACUUCGUUAUUACACCACCUUUUCCGAUAUUUGGAAGAGAAAAAGUAACCUUCAUGGUAUUAUCUGUAGUGUGCUGAGUAAAUGACACUGUCCAUGGAAAAAUACAUGAAAUAAUUGUUGGAAAAACUGUAUAAACUGGCAGAGGUGAUGACUGUACUUCACUGUCAUUUCCUGCAUCUACUGGUUCUUUUGGAGCAGUUUGUGCCAUUAUUUCAUUCAACACAUCUGUAAAAAUACCUGCUUUACAGUUUAAAGCAUCAGACACAGCAAAUUCUCUAUCCAAGACCAUUUUUUCUGAUAGCACAGUGGCUUGUCCUUUAGUUGGAUUAAUAGUUGUUUCUUCAAAAAAACCCAUGCUUGUUGCUGUCAUUAUCUGUCGUUAUUGUGGAAAUUGAACAACCUUGUUUUUGGUGGAAGAUGUUUUGAGCUUCUUUGUACUCAUUCUCUAUUUUAAUGGAUUUUAAAUAGAAAGGCUGACAUGACAUGCAUAUGUAGUCUGGAAAAGUUCCAUCACAAGGAUCUACACUAUACAAGUCAUUAUGUAAAUCAGUCUUAUUGCCAGUUCUUUCAUCCAAAAAAUUGCAUCCCACUGAAAACAUAUUUUAAAAAAUAUUUAUGUGGUGUUUCUUGCAGGGAACAUCACUACUCAGGCAAACCUUGUUGCCACAUUGUGAACAAGGCACUAUACAUGGUGUAACUUUCAGGAUGCCCAGCUGGGCAUCGCUGCGUGAUCUAGUGGAGCUUUUCCCCUUAGGAGGCUUAUGCCCUCUUGCUGAUAAACUGCCGUAA